AUGGACCAGAGUGAAGAGAAGCUUGAGGACCUUAGGGAUUUAAAACAACAUGAACCCAAACACACUGGCAAAAAAAAGUUUAUCUGUGACCAGUGUGGCAAGAGAUUCAACUUCUCAGGAAAUCUGAAACACCAUCAGCGGAUCCACACUGGAGAAAAGCCUUACACCUGUGACCAGUGUGGCAAGAGAUUCAACACCUCAGGAUAUCUGAAACGCCAUAAGCAGAUCCACACUGGAGAAAAGCCUUACACCUGUGACCAGUGUGGCAAGAGAUUCAACACCUCAGGAGAUCUGAAAGUUCACGAACGGAUCCACACUGGAGAAAAGCCUUACAACUGUGACCAGUGUGGCAAGAGAUUCAACACCUCAGGACAUCUGAAAUGCCAUCAGCAGAUCCACACUGAAGAAAAGCUUUACACCUGUGACCAGUGUGGCAAGAGAUUCAACUUCUCAGGAAAUCUGAAACGCCAUCAGCGGAUCCACACUGGAGAAAAGCCUUACACC